GUAGUAUUCUCUCCUGGUGACAUCUUUCAACAUUUAGCCAACGCGCGGAUGUAUAAACGUUUACGAUUGGCUUUACCAGAGCUUACUCUGUAAGCCGGUUUAUGAGUGGCUAGUUAAAGCUGCUAACAGGGCAAAGGUCACGAAAACGAGGAUUUCCCGCGAUGUUUACAGUAUAGGUUAGGUGAGAUGAUUUACGCUAAAUUAUGGCAGAAAAGUUCGAUGCAAACGAGCAUCAGCAUAUCAGAUUCAAUCCACUGAAGGAUGACUGGGUACUAGUAAGUCCACAUCGCAUGAAACGGCCAUGGCAGGGACAAUUAGAAAAUGAGACAGAUAGGAGCAUUCCACGACAUGAUGCUUGUAACCCUCUGUGCCCUGGAGCCACACGUCAUGACAAGGUGAAUCCAAAUUAUGAAGGCACAUUUGUCUUUGAGAAUGAUUUUCCUGCAAUGCUAGAUAACGUGCCAGAACCAGAAGACACAGGUCACCUCUUGCGAUCAGCAAAAGCUAGUGGAACGUGCCGUGUUAUGUGCUUCCACCCACACUCAGACAUUACACUACCUCUCAUGUCUCAGACGGAAAUCCGAGCUGUUAUCGACAGGUGGGCUGAACAAGUGGAAGAACUGGGAGCCAAGUAUACCUGGGUGCAGAUUUUUGAAAACAAGGGAGAGGUUAUGGGUUGUUCAAAUCCACACCCUCACUGUCAGAUAUGGGCCAGCAGUUUCCUGCCCAAUGAACCCUCAAUAAAAGACAGAACACAAAAGGAGUAUUACUGCAUUCAUGGAGUGCCCCUGCUUGUAGACUAUGCCAAUCUAGAGAUGGAGAAAAGGGAGCGAAUAGUGGUGGAGAAUGACCAUUGGCUAGUGGUCAUCCCAUAUUGGGCAACAUGGCCGUAUGAAACCAUGCUACUUCCAAAGCGCCACGUUCAACAGCUUUACGACCUAACCGAUGAGGAGAGGGAUGCGUUGGCGGCAAUCAUGAAACGGCUGUUGACAAAAUAUGACAACCUCUUUGAAUCAUCGUUUCCAUACUCUAUGGGCUGGCAUGGUGCACCCACGGGAGAGUUGAAAAUGAGAGAUAACAGUCACUGGCAGCUUCACGCGAUGUACUAUCCGCCACUUCUUCGCUCGGCGACCGUAAAAAAGUUCAUGGUUGGUUACGAGAUGUUGGCCCAAGCGCAGCGAGAUCUUACUGCUGAGCAGGCUGCAACGAAACUACGAUCACUGCCCGAGAUUCACUACAAGCACAAGAACAGCCAAACUGUUGCAAACUAAAUAGCCA